AUGGGUUCUACCAGUAGUCCUUUCGGCAUCCAGGGCCUUGCUCCCCAAGAAGCGCUGAUCCGACCAGCACUCACCCAUGUAUUGGGCAUGCAUAUUUCAUCGACAUUGACUCUCAUUCUCGCCUCUCUAGGACACCCAGGCCACCGGGUCGCAGGGGGUCGGAAGCCGCUGGGAUCUGCCUUUUGCUGCAAGGCGCGCAAUGUCUCCGGGUGGUUGGAAAAGCGUCGCAACUUAGCCAUGACCUCUCAGACCGUUUUCUCACACCCCAACUACAAUGCGCUCACCACACCCCCAGAUCCUCUUGUCCAUCCCUUGGCAGGCACCCACAUCCAUCUUGCAGUAAACAGUGCUCUCCUUCUGUAA